AUGGCAACGGCUCCCGGCUCUCGGACCUGCCUGUCUGCCCGAGCGCAGCCCCGACGCUUCUUCCCCGGCCGCCCCGUAUCAACCCCCCCCCUCAACGCCGCCGGCAGCGAGAACAACCUGAUCCCCCACACACCUCCAGGCGGCGGCAGCGGCGGCCCCAGCCCCGUCCCGCCGACCUCGGGCGGCGCCCGGCCCGGGGACCGGGGCCAUGCACCCGGCGCGGUGCUGAGCCCCGCGGCGGCGGCGGCGAAGCGGAGCCCUCUCCCCGCGGGCAGCCCUCGACCUGCGUGCGAGCGGGGCCGCGCCCGCCGCCGCCGUCGCCCCCCAUGA